AUGUCUUCCAGCAAAGAAGCAGAGCACAUGGCCAACCAGGCCCAGCCUCAACAAGCUCCAGCUCCCGCAUACACAGAAGCUGGUCCCUCAUCACAAGAACAACCUCAAUCAAAUAACAAAGUCCCUACUGCAGAGAACCCCUUUGACUUUCCUGAAUCUUCUCUCCCCACAUACUCUGAAGUUUCAACAAGCAAGGAAGCCCCCAUCGCCAUCCCACAAGAAACACCGUCCCAAACAUCCCCAUUUCUCAAAGCUUAUGCGCCUGCACUUCUCGGCCAUGGUAUCACACAAGAAGCUUGGUCUGCGUUUCUCGAUACCAUCUCGGCUUUCAUGACCGCCAAAGUCGGUGAGAAGGCUAUCAACCAUGCUGGAGACGUGGCCAAGACUAUGGGGCAACAACCAGUUUCGUAUGUCAAGGGAGUCGGAAACCACGCCAAGAGCGUUGGAAAGAGCAUUGCCGCGAAUGCAAAGAGGGGAAACAUCAUUGGCGCAGCAUUUGGAGUUGUCGGUGGCGUUAUAUCCAUUCCCGUAGGCGCUGCCCUUGGAGCUGUGGGAACCAUCGUUGGACUACCUGGAAGGACAAUCGCGGCAGCUGUGAAAAAGCCCAAAACACCCGCUGAAAGAGCUGUCGCGUAUGUCACAGUUGCGAAUCACGACUGGUUGAACAAGAGAGGUCUUCAUGCUACCCUAGUCAACACUGAGCAGCUUUCCGAGGUUGUUGGGGUGUCUGUCAAGGCGAUACUGGAAGCUUCGGCGGAAGGAAACAAAAGUGCUGGACCUUUGGGGCCUAUGAGUGCCCUGAGUGAGCAUAUCGCUCAUCUUGAGGUCAAUGGGCCUGGUGUUGUUGAUAUUGGAACAGAGACAUGGUGGUUGACUGUGGUUCAGAUUGAGACUGCAGCAUGA